AUGACGAAAGCUACAACUCGCGAUGUUGUUCUAGGGAGAUUGAAGGAUGCGGUUAAGAAUAAGAAGAUUAUUGUUGGAGCUGGAGCAGGAAUUGGUCUUUCAGCCAAAUCGGUAGAAGCAGGUGGUGCGGAUCUCAUCAUUAUAUAUAACUCUGGUCGUUUUCGUAUGGCGGGACGUGGUUCAUUGGCUGGUUUAAUGCCAUAUGGAGAUGCCAAUCAAGUUGUUGUCGAAAUGGCCUCCGAAAUCCUUCCCAUAGUAAAUGACACCGGCGUUCUCGCAGGUGUCUGCGCAACCGAUCCUUUCCGCCACAUCCCAACCUUCCUCACACAACUCAAAAAUCUCGGAUUCUGCGGCGUGCAAAACUUUCCCACUGUAGGACUAAUCGACGGACGAUUCCGGGAAAAUCUAGAAGAGACAGGAAUGGGAUAUGACAAGGAAGUGGAAAUGAUCCGAUUAGCGCAUGAACAAGAUUUACUCACCACGCCCUACGUUUUCAACCCCGAAGAUGCGAUCAAGAUGACCAAAGCGGGCGCAGAUGUAUUGGUAGCGCAUAUGGGAUUAACGACCAGUGGAACGAUUGGUGCGAAGACGGGAAGUACUUUGGAUGAAUGCGUGAAGGCUAUUCAGGAUAUUAGGGAUGCGGCGGUGGGGGUGCGAGAGGAUAUUAUAGUGCUUUGUCAUGGAGGACCAGUAGCGGAGGUAAAGGAUGUGGAAUAUGUAUUGGCGAGGACGAAGGGGAUUCAUGGGUUUUAUGGUGCGAGUAGUAUGGAGAGGUUACCGGUGGAAAUCGCUAUUCGGGAUAAUAUGAAUGGGUUCAAGGAGUUGAAAGUUGGAAAUUAG